AUGCCUUUAGUGGGUUCGACAUCGAUUACUGAUGCGUUCGGUGACGCUGCAGAAUCGAUCUACGGGAAGCUGUUUAGCGGACACUAUUACGACCCCGUCCAUCACCGCGCUGUGGACCAUCAUAGAGCGGGAGAGCAUGCAUCCUUCUACGAGAGAAGCGAAGGGGUGGCGCCAGAGCUUACCGCGGUGCCACGCCAUCCAGUAAGAUCAGGAGCGACAGGCUUCGUAUCAAGACACGACACUGACCACGCUGGUUUCGUCCCGUGUUUGCCAAGGGUGCGGGUGUACGGCGCCGCUGCAUCUUCAGCGACUAAUCCGGAGGACGCGGCCUGUGGCCCCGCAGGCCUUUCACAGGCCAAACGGGCCAAAACUAGUAGUACUUUCGGAGGGUCCUCGUCUUCUUCAUCCAGUUGUUCUUCCGGUGCAGGAGGAGAGCUGCGGCCACUCGGUGGUAAAGCAACUGCUUCGAGUUUUCUUGUCACCGCUGCUCCUGGCACGACCACGAGGCCCGCCUCAGCGCUGCUUUUAAACGAUGAAUCAUUCGGUGCAGGAGUUUCUUCCGCAUCGUCAGGGACAAUUAUAACCAAGCGAGGAGGCAUUCAGUUUCAGCAUGCACGUGGUCCAGGGCGUGGGGCAGCAAUAACAUCGUCAACAUCCAUACCUGCGUCUAGAAGAGGCCAGCUUCUUGCUGAACGGUUGAUACCGAUGAAGAUCUCUGGCAUUUGUGGUUUCGGAGCAAAGGAAUGCGCAGCAGAUGUCUGUAAUGAGAGAAUGAGACUUGCAAAGCAAGGUGCCGAAUCCGAAUUCGAUGAAACAGGCGCGAGUGAGGUAACAAAAACGUUUAGCUAAAAACUCCACUUUUCUCAUAAUGCAGACGAUCUUCAUCUUAUUUUUAGAUACACGAAAACGAAGUUAUCAUUCAUGACAUCCUUGGUUUUGUUGAAAAAAUGUGCAGGCAGAUGCUUGUUGGGUUUAGGAUCGAAAAAGACAUUGAUUUAUCUCAUCCUUGUUUUCGUAUUGUCCCGUGCAGCUCGCAAACAGUGCGGAGAAGAGAGCGAUUCAUGAAGCUUGGGUGCACGCGCGGAAGGCUCAGGACGCAGCGAAAGAGGCCGCUGAUGCGGCGAUGCAGGCGGUUGAGGAGACCGCGCGUGUACAGAAAUACCUCGACCCGCACGACGUAAUCAAAGUUAUGCUCCUGAGUCAGGCAUCAUCAUGAAAGCCUACUAAUGAAUCUUAGAAGUUUUGAUGAUCCUCGUGUCCAUCCAUCAAAAAAUUGGAAAAGUACUUCUAGAUUCCAAAGUUAGUCGGACAAAAACGUAGAGGUUGGAACCAAUGUCUAAGAAAUUGGAGGACGAGACCGAAAUGGAUGUCAAGAAAGCGGAGUUAGCUGGUGGCGUCGCGAGUGAAUGAUCGUGCGACGUGUUCAAGGUUUAUGCACCCGUACUUGUACAGUUGAACACUUACUUAAAAAGUAACAAACCACCUGUGGAUUUGGAGUGACUCCAUUCAGUCAACAUACAUUGUCAUUAUCGAUUGAUAUUGACGAGCACUAGUAUUGCAUUACCCUGAUGAUGAUCACCUUAAUGAUGUGUCGCUGGACGAUCUUGGACGAUUUUGGCAAAGCACUAGAAGAUAGAAAAACUAUCCAAGAUAUCGUACAUCGAGUAAAAUUGCGCAAUAACGUCGAGAAAAUUCAGUAGAGCUGUUGAUCUUCUUGCGCCACGAGCAAUUCUCUGGGUUGGGGAAGAUUCAUGAUAGAUACAAAUACUGGUAGUGUAAUUAUGAUGAUAAAAGCAGUUCUUGUUGUUCUUGCUAUAUUAAGUCGAAGAAGAAUGAAAAUGAUUCCUCCAUACCUCCCUACGUGUUACUACAUAUUGCUUCCGAUUUUGUAGUGGUGCCGUAUAGAGCUACCGCUACUCUGAUCAACGAGAUAAAGGAGAAAGUGAAACAUCAAGUUACAACAAAAAUAGCAUUAUACAUUCAUGAUGGGUGAAGAAAAAUUAUCGAUUGGUCCCUCUACUUUCCAAGCUUGGAAAAAUUCAGAUGCAGCG